AUGGAGGCCGUACUGGACAUGGUUGUGGUAGUACUCAAGGAAGCUUCUAAAACCAUCAGGGAUCGGGAAACUCAUCUACAUGUUCUGAAUGUGAGAGAUCUCACUUUGGCACCUGUUGAUGAUUCAGAGACCUUUCAGAUGACAAACCUUGCAGAGGUUAUCAAUAUGUCAGCCUGUUUUGUGAAACCUCACAAGGAUCUCUUCAACAGGCAUUUAUACAUAUCAAAAGAUGUCAUCUUCCAGGAGGACCUUCAUCUUGCCAAUUCAUUGAUACUGACUACUUCACACAAUCUGAAGGUUCUACUCAAUGCAGCCUGUAAAGCAGCUGCAGUGAUUCCUUCUGAGACACCAGGCCUACUCACUAUGACCUGUCAAGAGACUGCAGUGAUUCCUGAUUCAUCAAUUGAUGAUCUGUUCAUUGAUGAGAAAAUUCAACCUGAGUUGCAGAAUACACUGAACUCUCUGAAAUUCACAGUUGAAUCUGAUGACUCUUCAACAUCUACAAGAAAUAUCACUAUAGUGGAGGAAUUAACAGUGAGGGAAUCUUCAGUGAGAGACAGUCUUGAAGAUCUACUCACUGAUUCUGAGAUCACUGCAUUUCUGAUUCUGAAAAACCUCACACAUGUCAAAGCUUUCAUGAAAUGA